CUGUCAGCUGUCAAACCACCUAUAAUAAUUGGGUCGUACCAAAAUUUCUAAUAGUAAUAUUUUCGAUGGUUUAAUUUUAUUUUAAAAAUUCUAAUGAUUGGCAAACAGAGUGCACAAGACAAAUAGGAUCAAUAAAUAAGUCACAAAACUUGUGCAACGUAGCGAGACCCGCUGCAAACAAAAAGGAAAAUAGGAAUUGGGAAACUUAAGAGAAAGGUAGAUUGUAGUUAAAGGAUCGGCAAAAUGUCGAACCUAUCAGUGGGACAGAUGAUAAUGGACGCACAGCGUAUGGCCAGUCGUGUCAAAGAUUUGGAUGCGCUGGGCACAGCUCUGUUGGAAGAGGCUGAGACCAACAAUCGUCUUGUUGAAAGCUUGCGUCAAUAUCAGGAGGAUAUUGAGUCUCUUAAUCGGGUUGCAAAUAACAAAACGAAUGCGGACAUGGUCAAUCGCAUACAGCAACAGAAUGUUAACAGCUCUGAGAUACUUAAAGAGAAUCGCGAGCUUAAAAUCUGCAUUGAGGACUAUGAGCGAGCCAUGGAACUGAUGAUGCAAAAGUAUCGGGAACACACAGUGACCAAGGUGCUGGACAGCAAAUUUAACUUCAAGGAGCUCUACAACGAACGCCUUUGGCAGGUGAUACGCGAACAGCGUGAAAAGAUCAACGAAAUGGCGGCAGUCAUGCAUCGAGCGGCCACUGCGGAUGAUGAGAAUGUGCAGCGGGAACUGCAAACAAUAUCACAGCUGCGCAUGGAAAACGAAACGCUGCGCGAACUAUUGCAAAUCUCCAAGCAGUAUGGCUCAGCGCAGCGGCCAAUACGCGAAGGCGAUCAUCUGCUUGAGGAGAAGGCGGUGCAAACGGAUAAUCAGGCGGAUGACUCUGCUGACGAUCUGUCCAUAUCGGGAGCUUCGGUGGAAAACAUGAAUAACAACUCAGUCAUACAAAUGUACAGUAGUCCCGAAUCGGCGAUCAGCAACAGCAAUACCAGCAAUAAUUCAGCAAACACUGCCUCAGUAAAUGCACUCAGCCCAGCUCAGCAAACCAACACAGUUGGUGACAAUGUCGAUGCUGCUGCUGCUGCUGGAGUGACUACAGUGGAAUAUACAAAUGUCAAUGAGAAUAACAAUGGACCUGCUGUACACGACAUGCCAGAAACGCCAGGCAAGCAAACAUCGGCGACGUCAACAGCAUCAACAUCGGCGACGACACCGAGCGAUGUUGAAGAGGAGCACACGCUGCCAGUUGUGGGUGGUGCUGUUGUUGUAGUUGGUGCCAACGCAACAUGAUAGGUGCUGAUUGUACAGCAUUGUCUGGAUUGCAUUGUCAUCUAUCGUCAUCGUCUCCAGUCAAUCAUUGUUAAUUUUUAUUAGCUUAACAAGCACAUCUUUGAUUUCCGGCGCAACGCACUCAUCAGCACUCUAUUAACAACAAAUUCAAACACACACAAAUACACGUUCAUAUUUCACGUCACACACAUUUUAUUCUGCAUUAGUUCAUAGCAACUAAUAAUCUCUAAGUAAUUUAUACAUGCAUACAAUUUAACGUCUGUGCCAAGUGCAACAGAAAGCUCAUUACAGAUCUAAUACACACUCACACUAAUCCACGUUGUACUCUAUCGACUUAUGAUUUCUUAAUAAAUACCAUAAUAGUCCAUAAAUUGU